CAGGCUACACAGCAGCAACGUUGAGCAUGGACGACGGCGGAGCAGCAGCAGACCUUGCAGUCGAGCACAAUGCACACGUGCGGCUGCAGAACGUGCUCGCUGGCUCCGAGGGAUGGACGGCACGGUUCUGGGCGUUCUUCACCCAGCGAUCGUGUGUGGUGGCGCUGAUUGCCGCCUCGUUUGUCGCCGUCUACUUUCUCCUUGCGCUCCGCAACCAGCCGGUGUGA